GUCGCUUUGUGUUCAGAUCUGGCUGACCACUUCCGGAGGUGGUCUGGGGAUUCGGGGCUACCAGAAAUGCACGCAAUUUGCGACGUCAUCAGCACUCUUCCCACCUGUCUCGAACUUGGUUAUGGGAACGGGGCACCUGUUCAUAAUAUUAGGAAAUACCUACCWGUGAGGAACUUGUUUGCUGGCAUCAUGCUACCUAGUAUUUAGAGAAACAAUUUUGUUUGGCUGGAGUUAUGCUAACCAGUUUGCUAUCUCUUUAGAGCUACUUGCUGGGUUAGUUGGCUAGUUAGCUACUGCCAUCAGUUGUGUUUAGCAUAUUUAGCCUGUUCCACCGUUUGCAGAAUACAUACUGGUAUUUUGAAUAUAGCGCGAGAGAAGGGAAUCCGGACACUUAAGUGUAGAUGCAUGACGCGUUCGGAAUUACAUGAUAGAACUCCGAAUAUUAAACUGCAUGAACUGUCAAGUCUAGACAUGGCCUUUGUUUCUCCACGGACUUGUGAAAGUUGUCCAAAUCUUUUCCCGUAGAAGGGUAUCCUAGCAACAGUGCGAACGACGUCGAUGUGAAUGAACUUGCCUCUGAAAAGAUUGUUUACAAGCGCUGACGUUAUGGAUUAUGAAACUCCAAAGAAUCAGAUGCCUUCUCCUCGGAUUUAUGUUGAGAGAACUCUCGCGUUGAUCAAACCUGAUGCUAUACACCAAGCUGAGGAGAUUGAGGACAUCAUUCUCCGAUCUGGGUUCACAAUUUUACAGAAACGGAAGCUGCAGCUGAGUCCGGAGCAGUGCAGUGACUUCUAUGCUGAGCAGUAUGGGAAGCUGUUCUUCCCCAGCCUAACGGCCUUCAUGAGCUCUGGACCCAUCAUCGCCCUGGCUCUGGCCAGAGAUCAGGCUAUCGCCCACUGGAAGACCAUCAUAGGACCUGUUAACUGCACCAAGGCCAGGGAGACUCACCCAGAAUGUCUGCGAGCCAAGUAUGGCACCUCUGACCUGAGGAAUGCAGUGCAUGGCAGCGACUCGUUCUCCUCAGCCGAGAGAGAGAUCAAGUUCAUGUUUCCCAACUCUGUGAUCGAGCCCAUCCCCAUGGGAGAGGCAGCCAAAGACUACCUGGGCAGGUUUGUGAGCCCCACGCUGCUCAGCGGACUCACUGAGCUCUGCAAACAGAAGCCUGUCGACCCCUUUACUUGGCUGGCAGAUUGGCUGGUCAGAAAUAAUCCCAACAAACCUCAAAUAUUUGAUGRGGCAACAGGGGAGGAAGCAGCAUAAACACAGAGACCGGAAAACACCAUCUGCCUUUACCAGUUAAAUCCAUGUUCAAGAAACUGUGUUACAUAACAUCCUGUGAUGAAAUAAAGAAGGAUAUUUUGACAACCGGAA